AAAAAGGUUCCCUCGCCUCCUGCUUCGAAUAUACCUAACCAACCGAACUGCCCGAAUUUCCUUAUUGAUAUAUAGAGGGCGGACGGAAGAACCAAUGCAACAAUAUAAAUGUCGACCUCCUUUACCUCUCUCUCCUCCUCCUCCGCCUUUCCGGUUUAGUCAUGCUUUCUCACUCAGCAGAUCUUCCACUCACUCGUUGGGGGCUUUUCCAAACCCUAAAACGAUCAGAGUCCAAUCGCAGAACAACACUGAUCCCCAUCGCUUCACCAUUUUGUAAUCGCCGACUCGUUUAUAGUCUUAAGUUAUCUGAAUCUAAUGUUCCAUGGCGUCGAUCAACUACAUUGCGGCGCAACUUGUUUCGCAUUGGGACCAUGGAUGAGGAUUCAGUGGGUAUUUCUUCUCUUGAUGAGUGGGGACUAGGGGAAAGUGAGGAGAUUUCGGAGAUAGAUUCUUACGUACUAUCAUCAAGUGAAGGUGAAGAUAGUGAUAUAGAAAUAACACAAUUUUUGGUAAACCCUUCUAGGGAUGUUGACUUACCUAACGCCAGGGACCAUUUAGAGCAUUUAGACACAUCUGAUGGAAGUAUAGCUGUGACUGCUGACCGACUUGGUGUGCUUCAGAAAAGACGCAGGGUGUACAGGAUCCAACCUGGAGUUUUUAUUACAAUGGGAUUGGUAGCCUUCUUGGUUAUGCUUCUUUUAUUUGUGGACUGGUGUUCAUGGCGGAUCGUCAGACUGCCCUUGGAAACAUUUUUCUUGACACGACCAUUUUUUAUAUCUGCAAUUGUAACAUCAUUUUCAGGGUAUUUAUUUGUCCCAUUGCUUAAUAGUUUGAAGAUUCAUCACAUCUUUAGAAAAGAAGGGCCUGUUAUGCAUUCCAUUAAAAAGAGGAGAACCCCAACGAUGGGUGGACUGUUUUUUGUUCCAGUUGGUAUAUCUGUUGCCAGAGCUGUAGUUGGUUCAACUUCUGUUGAAGUUUCUGGAGCAGCAGCAGCCACUAUAGCAUUUGCUGUAAUUGGGCUACUUGAUGACAUCUCAAGUUUCAUUAAAAAUCAUAAUUAUGGAUUACCUGCAUGGCUGAAAGUUUUUUUGGAGGUAGCUGUUGGGAUAUGGUUUUGGUUUUGGUUGGACUCGACGCAUAUAUCAUCACCUUACAGCAUGAAAAUGUUGGUACCUCUCCCUGCGCCAUUGGGCCUCAUUUAUCUGGGAAAAUUGUAUCCCUUUUUGACUUCAUUCUGUUUUGUUUCAAUGGGGAAUGGAGUUAACUUAACAGAUGGUCUUGAUGGUCUUGCUGGAGGAACAGCUGCUUUGGCUUUUAUAGGCAUGUCGAUUGCCGUGCUUCCAAUAUGUUCUGAUAUUUCUAUAUUUGGAGCAUCCAUGGCAGGAGCCUGUGUUGGUUUUCUCAUUCACAAUCGAUACAAGGCAUCUGUAUUUAUGGGUGAUGUUGGAUCAUUGGCAUUAGGUGGAGCAUUAGCGGCAAUGGCAACUUGCACAGGAAUGUUCUUCCCAUUAUUUAUUUCAUCUGGAAUCUUUGUACUGGAAGCAUUAUCAGUCAUAUUGCAGGUAUCCCACUUCAAGAUGACCAAACGCUUAUAUGGAGUUGGCUGCCGCUUGUUCAGGAUGGCGCCCCUGCAUCACCACCUUGAGCUAUGUGGAAUUAGAGAACAAUUUAUUGUUACAAUGGCUUAUUUCAUAUCGUGUGCCUUAGCCAUGUUGGCUGGGUACGUGGGUCUAGUUUCAGCAUAAAUGUCACUAACCUUUAUUUUGCAUUG